CCCAAGAGACGACGAAGAAACAAAGGAGAAGCUCUUCAGCUGAAGCGCAGCGAAAUCUCUAUCCCCCUCCCCUUUGAAUUUUCAUUUCUAUCAUUUUUUUCUUCGGCUAUGGAGAAAUCCGAUCAGGAUUUGGGUUCUAACCGGAACCUUUUGCCGCGUCAAUUGGAUUUCUCCGUCCCGGCGGCGGCUGUGGAGACGAAAAUGGAUUCGCUUCAUGAAAGUGGGAAGGAGCAGUCGCAUUCUGUUCUCGAUUCACAGUCGUCUCGGGAAGAUCAGAGAGAAGAAGACUUGCCUCGGCAGCCUCAAUCGCCGCCGUCAGGUGCCGAGGAGCAACAGCGAUUAGGGGUGAGCUCGCUGAUACCGCCGUCGUCUUCCCCAGUUAGAUCUUCGCAGAUAGAUUCAACGGAAGUCAGCACACAAGAUGCCACGCCGCCUCAGAAACCGCCGCUUCAUCGGUUUGGUCACCAGUUGCAGAAGAAUCCAUUGGCGAAGUGUCGAGUGAGGUAUUGUGAAUGCUUUGCGUCAGGAUCUUAUUGCAAUGGUUGCAACUGUUUGAACUGUCACAACAAUUUGGAGAAGGAGACCUCAAGACAAGAAGCCAUCACGGGUAUCUUAGAGCGCAAUCCGGACGCGUUCAAGCCCAAGAUUGCUGGUAGUCCUCAUGGCAUGAGAGAUUUGCAGGAGGAUGUGCGCCAAAUCCUGAUUAUGGGAAAGCACAGCAAAGGAUGCCACUGCAAGAAAUCAGGGUGCCUCAAGAAGUACUGCGAGUGUUACCAGGCAGGUGUCCUGUGUUCAGAGAAUUGUAGAUGUCAAGAUUGCAAGAACUUUGACGGAAGCGAAGAGAGAAACGCCCUUCUUCGUGGACCUCAAGUCUCAGAAACCUACAUACAACAGACGACCAAUGCAGCUGUGAGCCGCGCCAUCAACAUGUCUGGAUACCUGAACGCUCCUGAAUCAAGAAAGAGAAAGAUCAAGGAGGCUUCACACUCUGUAGCAGCUAGAGGUUCAUCUGUGGUUCCACACAAUCAGACGGUAAGUCACGUUAUAAGGAAUGGUGACACUUCUCUGUUUUCAGUCCCUAACAACAAAGCGGUAUCUGGAUCUACCACAUGUACUUACAGGUCUUCUUUGUCAAAUACUAUCCAGCCGCGCCAUGUCAAAGAGCUAUGUUCGCUUUUGGUCUCAAAAUCGGUGGACGUAGCCAAUAAACUGUCAGGCGCCAAAUGUGAAACAGAGAAAGGGAAGAAAUACGAGAAGGACCCUUCACUUGAUCCAGCCCAGGGAGAUGGUAACGAGAUCAAUGACUCUCCAGAUUGUGUCCUCGAUGCUGUUAGAAUGGACGAGAAGCCUAUAUCUCCAGCAACACGUGCAUUGAUGUGUGAUGAUGAACAUGUGAUCAUAGCAGAGAAAGAGACAUCAGCGCGAGUGAAAACAAGCCAAGAGAAAGAAGACGCAGACACAAGCUCGGAGGUUUACUUAGAACAAGAAAGACAGAUCUUGUCAAGCUUCAGGGACUAUCUCAUUCAGUUCUCGAACCGUGUUAGCAUAAAUGGAACAAAUACCAAAACCAACACAAAGCCAAGUAGAAGGGAACCAGAAGCUGAAGAACGAAGCCAUCGAGAUUCAAGUUUGGGGAAGGAAAAUGAGAUAGGU